UUUAAGCCGCGUCAGCCUUCUCAAUGGCCCGCAGCCCCUGAUGCCGGGAGUUGAGCAAGGGCAGCAGCUGUUCGGUGCCGCCGCAUCCAUGGAUGCUGCCGGCCCAAGCUGGGAGUACUGCCUGCAGGGUGCGGCAGCAGGCGGCGGCACAACGGAGGCAGCAGUGCGGCCGCCGCCGCCGCUACUGGGGGUUCCUGGUUCAACACCUGGCAACCUUCACUUGCUACGGCCCAAUGGCCCCCAAGCCGGCAUGCAUGCCUCACAUUCACCGGGGCUGCAGCAACAGCAGCUAGGCAUCUGGAGCUCGGUCCUGCAGGACGGCGGAGGCGCCAAUGGCAGUGGGGGCAUCGGCGGGCCCAGCGCUGUGGGCUACUGGGCUAGCUGGCAAGGGCAGGCAGGAGUGGUGGGUUCGCCGCGCCAUCAGGGGUCGGUAUCAGGGCAGCAAGGCACCGAUGCCGGCAGGCUCCCUGCAACCGAUUUCGCCGUCAGCAGCCGUCCAUGGAUGGGCGCAUGCGGCGAUACCCGGGGGCAAGGCGGCCCGCCCCCCCGGACAGGCGCUUCGGUGCAGGGGUUCCCGGGUGCUGCUUCUGCCAGUGGCACAACAGCUGCAGGAACAGGGCCAGCGGCAGGCGAGCUGCAGUUCCUGCUGGAGCUUCUCCGCCCCGAGGGACGGCGGGAUCAGGGGCAGGUGCCGGCGCCGGAGCCUGUCCCUGUUCCUAGUGCUGCUGGGUACGAGGUGUGUUGGGCCGCGGCGCAGGCACCCGCUGGGGGCACCAGUGGGGCUUGGCAUGGCCACCCGCAGCAGUCUCAACAGGCGCAGAGGUGGCAGGCGCAGAGGUGGCAGGGGUAUGGGGAGCAGGUGGAGCAGGAGGAGCAGGAGGAGCAGGGGGAGCAGGGGGUGGCGGCUCCGCAGCUACGGCCACAACCGCAGGUGCAGCCGCAGGCGUCGGAACAGGCGGCCGGGAUGUGGUGGUGGCACCAGCAGCAAGCCAGUCUCGGUGGCACGGGCCGCCGCCAGCAGCACCUGCAGACACCAGCAGACCUCACUGCAGGGCUUCAGGAAGGUCGGCAGCCGCUGCCGGGGCACCAGCACCAACAGCAGCACCGGCACCACCAAGAGCAGCAGGAGCCGCCGCCGCUGCAGCAGCAGCCGCAACAGCAGCAGCAGAGCGCGUUAUGGUCGCAAGAUGCCUCGCGCAGCCGCCCUGCUGCACCAGACCUGGCAAGGCAUCCCCACAGCGGCAGUGGCGGCGGCCGCAGCCGCGCCAGCUGCGCCCCACAGCCCGUCACUCCUGUGGCAGGCCGGGAGCAGCCGCCGCCGCCGCCGCCGCUGCAGCAACCGCACGACAUGCACACGCCGCCCUCCGGACCGAGGCGGCGAGUGGUGCGCCCGCCAAGCCGCUACAGUCCCGACCCCGAUCCAGCCCCCGGGCCGCGUGUCGGGCGGGGGUAUGUGGUGAUGGGCCUGGGGGCGGCGGGACCAGUACAGGAGGGGGUGGAGGAGGGGAUAGCGGCCGCUAUGCCCAGGGGCCGUGGCCGGCCCCGGCUGCAUGCGGGUGCAGGCGCGGUGCUGCAAGCGCUGUCGCCACCCGGCGGACCCCAGGGCCGCGGCCAGCAGCCGGGCCCGGGCCCGGGCCAGCCGCCGGGCCAGUGGGCACUACUUGCACCUGCCGCACUCGCCGCCGCAGUCCAGACGCUGAAGACGCUGCAGGACCCGCAGCCACUACAGCCGCUGCAGGCGCUACAGCCACUGCAGGCGCUGCAGGCGCUACAGCCGCCAAGCAGCCACCAGCCCCAGCUGUAUCCCGAGCUGCACCCGCAGCUGCAUCCCCAGCUGCAGCCGCCACACGCGCUGCAAUCCGGCGCCUACGGCAGUAGCACUGCGGCUGACGACACGGCCGCGGCUCUCCCCGCUCCAUCCCCCGCCGCCCGGGCCCCCGCCGCCCCCAAGCCGCGGCGGGCGCGUGUGCUUCAGGACCGGGCCAGUGCGGCGCGCCUGAGCCUGAUCCCCUUUGGCCACGACGACCGCGUGCUGUGGGCGCGGCGCGUGGGCGGCUUCAUCCGGGCCAUGCGGGGCGUGCUGGGGGACCGGGCGCUCAACUACAGGUGGGGAGGCUCGGUGCUGGACUCUGUGGUGGGCACCUUCCUCACACAGAACUCCUCGGACGUGUUGUCGUCCGCGGCCUUCAUGAACCUGGCCGCAGCAUUCCCCGCAAGGACCAGGGCCGGCGGCGGCGGCGGCACUCGCGGCGGCGGCGGCAGUGGUGGGGUUGGGGCCGGGGGCGGCGGCGGUGGCGGUGGCGGUGGCGGACGCGAGCGCCCGACAGGCGGCGCCCACGACGUCGACACGGGUGCGCUCGCACUCCCAGGCGCAGCAGCAGCAGCUGAUGUUGGCGUGUCUGCCACCUCCUCGUCUGCCUCCCCUGCCUCCGCCUCCGCUGCCGCUGGGGUCACGGGCGGCGGCGGCUGCGGCUGCGGCGGCGGCGACUGGUGGAUCCCUGUGGGGUCCGACAUGGUGGACUGGGCGGCGGUGGCGGCGGCGCCCGCCAGUCAGGUGGAGGAGCUCAUACGCUGCAGGGGCAUGCACCAGAUGCUCACCCGCCGCAUCCAGGCCUUCCUGGCGGACCUGCAGCGCACACCGCCGCCGCCGGGGCAGCAGGCGGGGCAGCAGGCGGGGCAGCAGGCGGGGCAGCAGGCGGUUGCGGGGGCCGGCGGGGGGCCGCCGCCUGCCGUCAUGGGAGCUGGCGAGGGCCCGGCGGCGGAUCUAGACACACGCGGGCGCGGCCGGGGCCGGGGCCGGGGUCGGGGAGCAGCCGGGGGCGCAGGCGGGGGCCCUGUUGGGCGUGGUGCCGCGUCGGAGGCGGCUGAUGAGGGUGCUGCAGCGGCGACUGCUGCCAUGGGCGGUGGCAGUGGGGCGUAUGGUGGGUGGGAGGGAGCUGCGGACCCGGCGGCGGGCGCUGCAGGCGGUCGGUCGGGAGAGGCCGCGGCAGGUGGCGGCGGUGGUGAGGCCGCAGGUGCUGGUGCGGCGGGCCAGCAGGCGGGUGAUGGCUCUGGAGGCAGCGGCGGCGGCGGCGGCGGCGGCGGCGGCGGCGGCGGCGGCGGCGGCGGCGGCGGCGGCGGCGGCGGCGGCGGCGGCGCUGGUGGUGGCGGUGGUGGUGGUGGGCGGCUGAGCCUGGAGUGGCUGCGGGACUUAAGCGGCGAGGAGGCAAUCAAGUACCUCCUGGGUGUGGAGGGGCUGGGCCGCAAGAGCGCGGCGUGCAUUGUGCUGCUGGCGCUCGGAAAGAAGGAAUUCCCUGUGGACGUCAACGUUGCGCGUGUGUUUGUACGACUGGGCUGGAUACCCAUUGAGGCCGACCAGUCGCUGGAUCAGCUGGGCUCCUACCCCGAGGAGGCGGCGCUGCAUGCCUACCUGCACAGCCGCCUCACCGCCUUCGACGCAGCCAGCCUGUACGAGCUGCACUACCAGGCCAUCACACUGGGCAAGGUGUUCUGUCAGAAGCGGCAGCCCAACUGCGACCGCUGUCCGCUGGCGGGGCAGUGCGAGUACGCCAGACAGGGCGGGGACAAGCUCAAGGUCCCCACUGCUAAUGGACCCGGCGUCGUCAUCUACCCGCCCGCACCCCCGCCGCCGCCGCCGGUGCCGGCACAGCCGCCGCAGCGGCCGGCGGCCUCAGCAGCUGCGCGGCUCCCUCCAACGGCGGCGGGUGCUGGCGACCCCGCUGCUGCACACGCCGGGGCGCCAGCGGCAGGUGGCUUCACAGACGCGGGCUCAGGCGAGUAUGUGGCGGCGGUCCCCGACAUAGAGUGUGUGGCGGGGCCGUACCCGGCUCCACAGCAAAUCGCGCCAGCACAGCAGACUCCCGUGCUGCAGCCACAGCCGCCAUUUGCGCUGCCGGCGCGGCGCCCGGCGCCGCCAGAUGCCGCCGCUCAGGACCUGCCGCUGCCGCCGCCGCCGCCGCCGCUGCUCCCGCUGGCAGAUCCAGUGCCCUUAGCAGCGGCGUCGCCCACCGCUGUCCAGCCGCCGCCGCGGGCUGCCGUCACGGCAAUCGAACCCAACACCAGCGCCAGCCCCUCACAUGCGGGGGCUGGGCUCCCCAGCGGCGGCCACGCAGGCAGCGAAGGGCGCAGCGUGAAGCGCUUCCGGAGGUCGCCGUCUCAGCCGCCCCUAACAGACCGUGACGCGCCGCCCCUUCCUGCCGCCGCGGAAUUGCCUGCGGCUACCGAGUAUGUGGGCUUUGCAGCAGCAGACGCACCAUCACCAUCACCUUCACCAGAGCCAGGGCGGUCGCCGCUAGCGCAGGCGCAGGCACAGGCGCACGCGCAGAGGUGUUCAGAGCGGCUGCCGCCGCUGUUGCUGCCGCCAGAGCCUCAUGCGACGCCGCUGGGGCGGCAGGCGCGGCUGCCACCGCUGGUGCUGUCGGCACCGGCGGCUCAGUCAGAGCCAUGGCUGCAGCCCCCGGCGGCGGCAGUGCCGCUUCCAGAGCAGCAAGCGGAGCUCGGGAACGGACUGCAGCAAUCAAGGCUGGGGGACGGGCUGCAGCGCGCUGACGCGCCGCAGGGAGGAGCGGGACUAGGGGACGGACGGGAGCCGGCUGACGCACCCGGGGGGAGAGCCGCCAGCAAGGCGGCCCCCCUCAAGAUGGAGGUCGAGGCGCAGGGGCAGGAGCAAGGUCAGGAGCAGGGGCAGCACCAGGCACAGGAGCAGGGUCAGGCAGGUGGGCCGGGCGGAUGGCGCCGACUAGCUACAGUCCGGGCGGCGCCAGCGGCUGCCGAUGCGGCUGCUGCGGACAUGGAGGUGCCGGCGGGAGCGCAGCUAGUCGCUGGCUCGGACGCGGCGGCGGAAGGGGCGGAAGAGGCCGAAGAGGCGGAAGGGGCGGAGGCGACGGCAGACGCGGCAGCAUGCCCCGCUGCUAAGGCGUCUGAGGCGGCGGCAUCGCCACGUCGGCAGGCGACCCAAUGCAGCAGCAGUCACCACAAGAGCCGGCUCUUGCUGGAGCUGCGGGCGCUUGCAGUGACAGGAGGGAGAAGCGGGGUGCUUGGGGAUGGCGGCAGCCGCAGCGACGGGUGCGGACCCUUCAGCCGCCGCACGCAACAGCAGGAGCGGGAGCAGCCUGACGCUGCUGUGUCGUCGGAAGUGCUGGUGUCAGUGGCGGGGCAGCGGGCGGAUCGGCGCAGAAAGCAGACACCCCACCCGCCACCGGCCGGCCAGCCCCUUGCCCAGCACCGCAAUUGUCCUGGGGUCGCCAAGGCCGAGGCUGCAGCCGAAGACCCGGCGGCGGUGGCGCCGCUGGCGACAGGUCCACCAGCGGGCGUUGCGCUGGCUGCCGGCAGGCGGCUUACGCGUGAGCUGCGAGCCCUGCUGGCAGCAGCAACAGACAGCAGCUCCGGUGGUGCGGCGGCUGUGAAGAGCGACAGGGGCGAUGGCACGCAGGCGGUGGCGGCGGCGGCCUCGGCAUCAGCGGCCGGCGCGGCAGCGGUCCGGCGGCUGCAGGAGUACGGGGCGUUGGUGAGCGGCCUGCACCGCAGCAGCCGACACGCCACGCCGGUUGUCACGAGCGGGGCCGCGGCUGCGGCGGCUGCUACGGCUCCCCGCCUGGAGGUUAAAGAGGAGGCUGCUGAGGGGGUUGCAGCGGGUGGCAUCGCAGUGGGCUGGAGGCAGAGGCGCGCCGAGGUCAGGGCGGCUGGUACCAGCAACACCAGCACCAGGCCUAGUGGCGACGGCACCGCACCCCCUGCGCCGCCGGUGCCGCGGGUGCUUUCCGCUGCCUUGGCGCAGGAAGCCCGCCCGGCGGCGGGCAAGCGGCGACGCAACGAGCUGAGUAUGCUGCUGGGCGAGGAGCUUGCUGCGGUGGCGGCUGCAGCAGCGGCUGCAGGGGCUGCAGCUGGCGCUGCUGCGAGCAGGCUUGCGGCUGCUGAUGCGGCUGUCGCUGCCUCAGGGGCGGGCUCUGUCGCUGCCUCAUGGGCGGGCUCUGCAGAGGCUGGUGAUGACAUGGGCGACCAGGCGAACGGGCGCAGCAAACGGCGGAGGGGGGCCCCUGCACCCAGCAGGGGUCCAACCGGGAGGCUGCUAGCAGCAGGCGGCGGAGAGAUACCACCGCCACCACCACCACCACCACCACCAGCAGGCGGCACAGCCCGCGGCCGCCGCCGCACAGCUGCUGCAGCCUCCCAGGACCGGCGGUGGCAGCGCACGCGGGCACAGCUGCGGGGCCAGGGACACCAGCCGUCGCAGCAGGAUGCGGGCGACAGCAGUGGCGGCCCCCACACGGCGGCAGCUGGGCCGCAGCGCCAGGGGCCGAAGCGGGGUCGCCUUGGCGAGGACCCCUGCGCCCUCCCGGCGACACCUCGGGUCAUGCCGCCGCCUGAUGUCGUGGCGUCACCAGCACACCACCACCCGCAACACACGGCGCCGCCCGCCCCAGGCGGCAGCGCAGUCGCCAUCGUUCCUGUUGGAGCAGCAGCGGCGGGCCCCGCGCCUCAGCCCGCCACGCCCCGCAAGUCGCCACGGCAGCGCCACCAGCAGCAGCAGCAGCGCCCUCCAGAGCUGGCACCAGCUGACGGAGCCACCGGCGGUAGGGAGCCACAAGAGCCCCAGGCGCCCGCGGAGCGGGGGCAGCCGGCCAGCGCGCCUGCCGCCGACCCGCCCCGCCGCCUGUCCCGCGCCGCCCGCCCCCCCAGCCGCUUCAACGACUUCCUGACCGACAUGAGCGACCUGGGCGGCCUGGGCGGCCUGGGCGGCCUGAAUGGCCACGGUCUGGGCCUGGGUCGCAGCAGCUCUGGCGUGGACGGCAGCGGCCUGGGUCCGGGUGCGGAGGCGAUGCACUGCCGCACUGCCGCGGCUGGUGGCGGGACCCGCCCUCCCAGUGCGGGCGGUGCAGCCGAGGCUGCCGGGUGCGCUGCCAGCACGAAGCCCCCGCCCGGCACGGCGGCAACUCCCAGGGCCGCAGCAGCUCCCACCUACCCUGCGGAUGCCACUGCACCUGCGUUCCCGACCACCCCGGCGAAGGGCGCUGAGCCCUCGCCGCCGCCCCAGUCGCCGCUGUGCCCGACCCUGCCAUCUGCGGACUUCACAGGCCAGCAGGCGAAGCUCUCCUGUGCGGGGCUACCGGAUAUGACCUUCCACCAGGGCCAGGGCCAGGGCCUGGGCCACGGCCUGGGCCUGCGUCGAGGUGGCGCUGGGAGAGGCCGCGGUCGGGUCGGAGGCACUCCAGCAGGCACUGGGCUCUCGCACCAGCCGCUCGGGGGGUGGGCGGCGGCCGCAGCCGAGGCCUCCAGGCCGCAGCCGCGGGCUCACGCACCCCCGACCACCACACGGGUGGAGCUGAGGACUUACACGUCCGGCAUUGCGGCCGUUGCUGGGGCGGGCGCUGCUGGGGCUGCUGGUGCUAGUGGUGCUAGUGGUGCUAGUGGUGCUAGUGGUGCUGCUGGGGCUGCUGGUGCUGCUGGGGCUCCUGGCUGCUCGGCAUUGCCCCCGGCGCCGCCCGAAGCGCCAGGCGGCGGCGGGAGCACCGGCGGCAACGGCGCGGAGCAGGUGGCGCGCAUCCUGGCGGUGCUGCAGCGGCACCGGGGCCAGCAGCAGCAGCAGCAGCAGCCGCCAGAACCGCAGGCUGAUUCAGCAGGGCAGCUGCCCGCAGCGCUGCCUGCGGCGGCUGCAGCUUCAUGCGGCGGGGCCGGGCAUGAGGCCCUGUCCGUGGCUGCGGCGCUGGAGGUGCUUGGGCUGCCGCCGGACACUCUGGUGCGCCGCCCUGAUGCGGAUGCAGCCGGUGGCGGUGGUGGAGGAGGAGGAGGCGGUGGAGGCGCGGCGGAGUCGCACCCUGCGGCUGGCGCUGACGGAGGCGCAUCAGUGGCGCCUCAGGCCGCAGCGGCCGCGGCUGUGGCGGCGGCAGUGCGGCGUCACUACCGGGCCCUGUCCGUGUGCGUGCACCCGGACAAGUGCGGACGGGAGGGCGCGGCAGACGCCUUUGCGGCGCUGGCGGCCGCACACACCGCGGUGCAGCAGCGGCUGGGUGCCGAGGGGCUCCGGCGGCCCGGCUCGGGUGACACCGGGGCCGAGGGGGAGCUGUACGUGAUUGAGGCGGACGGCUCCAUCCGCAUCCCCGCCGCCGCCAAGAAGCCCGGGGCAGCGCCGCCGCCUGCUGCUGGGCACUCAGCAGGAACAGCCGCAGCAGCAGCCCUCAAGGCGGCACUGGUGCCUGCAGGCACAGCUGGCGGCAGGCGGGGCCGCCGCGGCGGCGGCGCAGCGGCUGGCGGCGGCGGCGGAUGGCUAGAGGACGAGGCGGAGGAGGAGGAGGCGCGGGCGGCGGCGGCAGCGGCUGUGGGGCUGCCGCUGCGGGCGGUGCACCUGGGCCGGGCGCCCUCGGAGAGCCGCACUCGCAGGCUGUUUGCCGGACUGGAGGUGUCGCACGCUGUGCUGCAGUCCAUAUCCCCGCCCGGCACCGCCUGGCCGCCACCCGCACCCCCGCCGCCGCCAGCAGUGCCCGACUCCAGCCCUGACGCCUCCGCAAGCCAGGGCGCCGGACCGCCGCCGCCGCCGCCGCCGCCCUCCCCCGCGGCGAGUACGGCAGACGGCGCCCUACUGCCGUACGUACUGCUGCUGCUCACGCCGCUGACGGACCAGGAGAGGCGGGCUGCGGUGGCGGAGGCGGAGGUGGCAGCCGCCAAGGCCGCCGCACGCGCCGCCGCCAAGACCGCCGCCACAACAGCAGUAGCACCGCCGGGCGGCGGCGCACCACACGACGCUGCUACUGCCGGGACUGCUACUGCCGGGACUGCUACUGCCGGACCGCGCAAGGGCCCCAUCACGCCCGCGUUUGCGCGGCGGCAGGCCGCAGGCACGGCCACGGAGGACGCGACUGGUGUAGACGCCGCCGGCGACGGCAGUAGCAGUGGCACAACCCGGGAAGGGGCUGCUACAGCCGCCGCCGCGGCGCCGCUGUGGCGGGUGCUGGGCCCGGAGCAGGUCCUUCCAGACCUGCACCGCCUAUCUAACAUGGUGCUACAGCUGGCCCGGCUCGCGGCUACUGCUGCCACUGCUACUGCCGCUGAUGCGACCGCAACUGCCUCUAGAGCUACUGCCGCACCCUUGGCGCUGGUUCCUGCUACAGCCGAAGCCGGGGCCGAGCGUGGAGGCGCAGCGAUGGCAGCAGCGCCACCUCCCCCAGCAGCGGCAUCAGAAGCGCCGGCGGUAGCGCUGGCUGUAGCGCCCGCAGUAGCAGCAGCAACCGGACAGGUUAUGGGCGUGCCCGAAGAGGCGGCGGCGCUGCUGGCGCGGGUUGCGGCUCUGAGCGCUGUGCCGCUGCGUGCGGCUGUGCUGGUGCCGGCCCUUGCGGCGCUGCGCGGCGCCUUCCCGCUCAACGGCACCUACUUCCAGACCAACGAGCUGUUCCUGGUGCAGCACACCGCGGCGCAGACGCCGGACGGGCCCCUCCGACUCACUCUGGGCCAGUUGCUGGGCCUCAGCCCCGCAGCCAGCAGCCCCCACGCCCCCAGCCAGCAGCACGCUGCAGCCGCCGCAGGCGGCACCGGCCAGCUGCCACAACCUUCCCACCUGCCCUCAACACACCUCCACACGCACCACCACCACCUGCACCACCUGCCGCUGCCGCUGCCGCGGCGGCGCGCGGUGUACUUUGGCUCCGCCACCUCGGCCAUCACUCGCGACCUGGCGGCGGCGGACGUGGCGUGGCUGUUCAACCGGGGCGCGGUGUGCGUGCGGUCGUUCUGCUGGCACACAGGCUACCCCCGGCCCCUGCCGCUGUUCCUGUCACCCGCGUCGACCGUCGGCGGCGGAGGCGGCCACAAGGGCGGCGGUGUGGGCGGAGGCAACGCCCGGCGGCGCAAAGCAGAGGCGGCGGAAUCAGACGUGGAAUGAAAGCUGCAACAGGCGUGCAGAGCGUGCGGCCAUGGUGAUUACUUUCCAUCAGGUGGCAUGUUCAACAUGAACACUAGUUGGUAGAAGUCCGUUGGUGGCGCGGGCCGACGGUGGUUGGCGUCGAGGAUACAACCUACCGCUCGGAUCAAUGUCCCAGGUCAAUUAGGUCGUGCCAAUAUUGCAUGCUGUAUCAUUACAGGGAUCGGGGGAAGGAUGUUAAUGUGUGCGCGGAAGGCCAAGAGGUGCGGAUGGCGCCGGGGCUCAAGGCGAGCGUUGGGGGGCCACGUCAGAAUCUCAAUGUCGCA